UGUGUCUCCUGUAACACAACUCCUAAUUAAUGCAAGGCCUAACCUCUUUGCCGUACAUGUCUGUGUUGUCCGCUUCACAUACAAUUAACUUUUCAGAGUCUCUAGGCCUGCGCAGUAAAGUCCUCCAGAAAAUUGAAGAAUUGCGGAUGACAAUGAUCUCUGUUUCUGUUACUAUCCCUGAUGAGUUCUUGUGCCCUAUAACAAGGGAGCUUAUGAAGGAUCCUGUCAUUGCAGCAGAUGGCUACUCCUAUGAAAAGGAAGCAAUGGAAAACUGGAUCAGCACUAGAAGACGAUCUAGUCCCAUGACAAAUCUUCCUCUCCCCUCUCUUAUGCUUACACCAAAUAGGACACUAAAAAUGGCUAUCAGUCGCUGGCUGGAGACUCAGCAGAAAGACAGUUAA